UUAGUAAACGUAUGUUGAAACCCUAGCACGCCAAACCCUAUAUAUAGCGUGUCUCCUUUUUUAAGUUUUGUGCUGCCGCUCCUCUUUCCUCACUCUGGACUUCUCCAGCGACAACACCCAACUUAAUGGCGCCGAAGAAGGAUAAGGCCCCACCUCCAGCCUCAAAGCCUGCGAAGUCUGGUGGAGGGAAGCAGAAGAAGAAGAAAUGGAGCAAGGGAAAACAAAAGGAGAAGGUGAACAACACGGUUUUGUUUGACCAGGCAACAUAUGACAAGCUUCUUUCAGAGGUUCCCAAGUAUAAGCUUGUUACUCCUUCUAUCCUGUCUGACAGACUGAGGAUCAAUGGAUCACUGGCACGCCGUGCUAUCAAGGAUUUGAUGGCAAGAGGUUCUAUCCGGAUGAUUUCUGCGCAUACUAGCCAGCAGAUUUACACUAGAGCUACCAAUACGUAGAGGAAGAAACACCAUAUUUUUGCAAUGUCAAGGUAGAUAGGCUGUUUCCAAUUUUCAUGUUAAGAAACCUUAAUUCCAAGUACUUUUGCCCCCCUCA